AUGAAUAUCCGGAACGCGAGGCCCGGCGAUCUUCUUGGCAUGCGAGAUUGUAACCUGGAUUGCCUUCCUGAGAACUACGUCAUGAAGUAUUACUUUUAUCAUGGACUGUCGUGGCCUCAGCUCUCAUACAUUGCUGAAGAAUCCGAUGGUGAAAUUGUGGGAUACGUAUUGGCUAAGAUGGAAGAAGAUCCGGAUGAUCUCCCAUAUGGGCAUAUUACUUCAUUAGCUGUUAAACGCUCACAUCGCCGCCUAGGUCUGGCCAGGACUCUGAUGAAUCUGGCAUCACGUGCAAUGGUGGAAAAUUUUCAAGCAAGAUACGUCUCCUUGCACGUUCGCAAAAGUAAUCGGGCUGCUCUUACUCUCUACACAAAAAAUCUAGGGUUCCAAGCAUAUGAUGUUGAACCCAAGUAUUACGCUGAUGGAGAGGAUGCUUAUGCCAUGAAGAAGGAUUUGAAACCGUUUUGGGACAAGUACGGUCCUUCGGAUGUCCCUUUCAAAGCGGUGAAGGAGAAAAGCAAACAGAAUCUUAAUUUGGGCUAA